AUGUACGGAUCGGAGAAUAACCGGGAAGAUUCGGAGCGAACUGCUUUCCGACGAACAGAGAAGAAGUACAAGCUCUACUACGAUAACAAUGCUUCUUCCAAGAACAAAAAGAAUAAACAACCCAAACCGGUGGACUUAACGGAGGUACUUGACUUCAGAUCAAUUCUAGAGUGCCAUCACCGCAACGUUGAGCUUCCUCAAGAUGUUUUUGUUCUGCAGGACAAAUUCAGUUCUCCAGUUUUCUCUUUGCAAAAUCACCCCGGCUUUUAUUUUAUCCCUGGGGCAUUAAGCAUAGAGAAACAAUGUGAUUUGAUAAGGGAGAGUUUAACUGAAUUUCCGCAGCCACCUAACAGAACAAAUCACAAUGCUAUAUAUGGUCCUAUACACAAUUUAUUUGUUGCGGCUAAAGAAGGGAAAGUUUUGGUUGAAGAGAAGUCUCCAGUUACUCUGCAUGAAUGUAGUUCUGAUUUGGAUUGUAGGGAUGGUGAGGAAUGGAAGUUCUUAACGGAAAAGGAAGCAUCCUUGAGAAAAUGCAGAUCCGUUUCUGGUUCUUCUUUGCUGCGAAAGUUGCGAUGGAGCACCCUUGGCCUACAGUUUGAUUGGUCCAAUCGAAAUUAUAAUGUGUCUCUCCAACAUAACAAAAUCCCUGAAGCACUCUGUGAGCUUGCCAAACAAUUGGCAAAACCUGCAUUACCCGCUGGUGUUGAAUUCCAGCCUGAAGCUGCGAUAGUAAAUUACUUUGCAUCAGGGGACACACUGGGUGGCCACCUUGAUGAUAUGGAAGCAGAUUGGAGUAAGCCCAUAGUUAGUUUAAGCUUGGGCUGUAAAGCCAUUUUUUUAUUGGGAGGAAAAUCUAGAGAGGAUGCUCCCUUGGCGAUGUUUCUUAGGAGUGGGGAUGUCGUACUCAUGGCUGGAGAAGCAAGGGAAUGCUUUCAUGGUGUUCCUCGGAUCUUCACCGACAAAGAAAAUGCUGAGAUAGGCCAUCUCGAGACACAGUUGACGCAAGAAGAUGAUCUUUGUUUCCUAAACUAUAUUCAAACUUCAAGAAUCAACAUCAAUAUCAGACAAGUUUUUUAA